UGGAAUAUAUAAAAAUCUUAUUUAAAAUUCUACGAUCGGAUCAUAUUGUAUUCACAAAAUUUCUGGUUUCUUGCACGUCGAUAUAAUGACAGAAAUAAAACAUACGACCAAAGGCAAUAAAUUUCUUGUUGAAUAUCUGAAUUCGCCUGACAUAUCGGGCGAGUAUCAUAAGGCCGAUUAUAGAGUCGUUAAACUACAAAAUGGUUUAACAGCUUUGUUAAUAUCUGGAUUGGAAAAAGCGAAUUAUGACGAUACGAGUUAUAAAGAUUACGAAGAAGGUAGUUCUACAGUCAAACGACUUAAUACAGACGUAUGGAAGGCAUUUUGUAGCUUAUGUGUGGGAGUAGGCAGUUUUAGUGAUCCACCGGAGGUUCCAGGCCUGGCAUAUUUCCUUCAGCGCAUGGUUUUCAUGGGAUCCGAAAAAUAUCCAAAAGAAAACGGUUUUAAUGAAUUUAUCAGUCUCCAUGGUGGCACUAUUGAUGGCGCAACGGAUUGCGAGCAUACAAGAUUUUACUUUGAUGUUUCAGAGAAACACUUGUUUGUAGCUCUCGAUCGUUUUGUUCAAUUUUUCAUUGGACCCUUGAUGAAAAAAGAUGCCAUCAAGAGGGAACGAAAGGUCAUACAAAGGGAGUUUCGAUGGAGUUCAUCUAGUGAUAAAAAUACAAAGCAACAAUUAUUGUCUUUUAUUGCUCGAACCGGUCAUCCACCCAAUAAGAUGUUCUGGAGCAAUUUAAUAACGUUACACAGUAAUAUAGAUGAUGACAAAUUGUACGAAGAGCUGCACAAAUUCAGAAAACGUCAUUAUAGCGCUCACAGAAUGAUGCUAGCUAUACAAGCGAGAUUAUCACUAGAUACUUUGGAAGUAUAUGUCGCAAACUUCUUUAGUAAUAUACCAAGUAAUUGGCUGCCUUCCGAUGAUUUUACAGAAUUUAAAGAUGGCGUUUCAUUUAAUACUGACACUUUCAAAAAAAUGUAUCAUAUUAAACCCUUCAGCCAAGAAAUCAGCCAACUACAUAUAACAUGGGCUUUGCCUUCAAUACUUGAUUUGUACAGAAGUAAACCAUAUAAAUAUGUUUCAUGGAUUAUUGAACAUAAAGGAAAUAAUUCUUUAGCUAGUUAUCUACGUAAAAAAAUGUGGGGCUUUGAUGUGUUCUGUGGUUACUGUGAUAAUGAUAAUGGUUUCGGAUACAACUCUAUGUAUGUCUUAUUCGAGAUUACAGUAGAACUCACUCAUGAGGGAAUAAAACAUCAGCAAGACGUUCUAGAUGCAAUAUUUUCCUUUAUAAAUUUAGUAAAAAAGACGGGCCCACAAGAAAAUACUUAUAAUGAGAUUUAUAAGAUUGGAAAAAAUAAUUUUAGAUUUUUUAGUAAACACGAUGAUGUGUUCGAUUUAUGUAAGAGUAUGCAUUUCUAUCCAUCACGUGAUUAUGUAACUGGAAAGCAUAUUUAUUUCGAGUAUAAUCCAGAAGCUAUACAAAAAUGUUUGGAUUUUUUGAUGCCAGAAACAGCGAAUAUCAUGAUUUUCAACAGUGAUUUUGAAAUAAAUAUAGACGAUCCGAGAUUGAAAAUUAAUUAUACAUAUAUGGCGUUAUCAAAAGCAUCGCUCGAACACUGGAAAUCUAUCGAGCCAUUGCCUGAUUUUCAAUUACCAUUACGCAAUGAAUUUCUUACCAAUAAUUUCUCUACUAUAUCGAUAUCAGCAGAAGCUUCGGAGUAUCCUGUAAAAAUACACGAAGAUUGUAUGUCGCAGAUUUGGUUUCGCCCGAAGUUUUAUUGGCCGAUGUGUCAUAUAAAUCUACAUCUUUUUUCUGCUCUGAAUCCUAGAUUAGCAAAAAAUGCAGCUCUCCUGCAAAUGUACUGCAAUGUAUUAAAAUAUCUAUUGCUCGAAGAAUUACAUCCGGCUGUAAUGGCUGGGUUUGGUUAUAAGAUCGAUGUUAAUGAAGAAGCUACAGGUAUUACAAUACAAAUAAGCGGAUUUGACGAAAAUCUUCCAUCCUGGUUGAUGGUUAUUGCAAACUAUAUGGUGGAUCUAGUCCCUUUUUCAAAGGAUUUACUUAGAAUUAUGAGAAUGCAACAACUCAAGGCACAUUACAACAAAUUUGUAGAACCGGAAACGUUCAUCGAGGAUUUGGAGUUAUGGUUAUUGAAGAGUGGCAACUGUACACACGUUCACAAAUACAAUGCUUUACGAAGAUAUUUGUUGGAAGACUUCCAAGAUUUUAUAAAAUCCUUCACCAAUAAUCUAUACAUCCAAUGUCUUGUGCAAGGCAAUGUAACGAAAGACUUUACGAUGAGUAUUAUACAACAAUUUAUCAAAAAAAUUAAUUGUUUUUCCUUGAAUAAAGAGGUGUUGCCUACUGAAGUCAAUGAGAUACCCCAAGGCACAUCUUUUUUGAAGUUGAAAAAUAUUAAUCCAACUAAUGUAAAUUCAGUAGUGACAAAUUAUUAUCAAGUCGGUUCUGCUUCGAUUGAAUUAUCGGUGUUAAUCGAGCUGAUGCUUAUGAUAAUGAAAGAACCGUUAAUGAAUCAUUUACGAAAUCAACGAAAGCUCAGUUAUGCUUCAUGUGACCUUAGAGAUAUCAAACGAAUUUUAGGAUAUUCUAUUACUGUUUACACUCAGGCAGAUAAAUGCACAACCGAAUAUGUUGAUCAAUGGAUCGAGGAAUUUCUGAAUUCGUUUCGAAUCAUGUUGGAACAAUUCUCAGAAAAGGAAUUAGAUGAUGUCAAAGAAGGGCUGAGAAUUUUAAAGCAACAUGACGAUACCGAUACUCUGAAAAACAGAGUUGACAGAGACUGGAAUGAGAUCAUGAAGCGACAAUACAUGUUUGACAGAUGUGAAAAGGAAGCGCUUGCAAUAGAGAACAUAAAUAUCAAUAAGCUGAGAGAAUUUUUCGAAAUGUAUACACUGGACGGAAGUAGUUUCAGAAAAUUGAGUGUACAUGUGGUAGGAACACCGAAGGCAGUUGCAGUCAAUGCAAAGAAUCUUAGGCAUUCUGUGUACUCUCUUAAGGAAUUGAUAAUUGACGAUUCGCGGCACAAUAGUGCUACAGAUCAUCAUAUUACUGACGUAAACUAUUACAGAAAUACUUUGCGUUGUUACUACAGGUUAUAA